GCGCAUAUAAAGUGUGAAAAUUUCAUUUGCCACUGCAAUCGACGAUAAAAGCUGUAGUCAAACGAACGUUUACAUAACGAAAUUAUGACGGUGAAAAUACUGUUGAUUGGAUUUAUUUUUGGAUUGGAUUUGGUUUGUGCACAGAAUGAUGGUAAAUAUCGUCCAGCUGGCGGCGAUGGAAGAUAUCGUGGUGAUAACGAUGGCAAAUAUGUUCAUCAAGCCGAUACAUUUGGUGGAUCCGGCGCAAAUUUUGUUGUGAAUAUUGGUGGCGCUAAUUCAAAUUCAAAAGCUUCAUCGCCAAAUUCACCGGUAAAAAUUCCAUUAGCUCCAUUUCCAUUUAAACCACCUCCACCUCCACCAGUAAAAAUACCAUUUGCACCAUCUCCAUCGAUAAAAUUAUCCCGGAGUGGAGCAAAUGUGAAUCAAGAUGAACCGGUAACUUUAGGUGCGGCCGCAGCAGAUAUUAAAAUUCUCCGUCAAGAGCAAGAAGAAGAUGAAAAUGGAUAUCGUUAUUUAUAUGAGACCGAAAAUGGAAUAGUUGCUGAAGAAAGUGGCCAAAUCGAAAAAACGGAAACUGGCCAGGAUGCAAUUCGUGCAACUGGCUUUUAUCAAUAUAUUGGCGAUGAUGGGAAACUAUAUCGCGUAGAUUAUACGGCAGAUGCCAACGGAUUUGCAGCAACGGGUGAACAUUUACCAACGCCACCGCCCAUUCCACCGGAAAUUCAAGAAGUACUCAAUAUUCUGGCAACAAAACCACCAGACGCGGACACUGCAUAAAAUCAAAGUGCAAAAAUUACAUGGUUGGUGCAUUUGGAAUGUGGCAAACUAUGUCUUCUUUCUCUCUCUCUCGAAUUUUAGCUAAUAGAAUCAACUGUUGAACUGGCUUGCAAUGACCAAGUUCAUGUUUUAAGUCUUAUUCUUCAUUUUGAUAUAUUUCCUUUUUCAAUCAUUGGAAUCAUCAAUCCGCUUAUCAAUAAAAGUGUUCAGUUUCAAAGCAACCGCAAAUCAAUAAAACAGGAUUAUAAUUGUCA